AUGACGAAACCACAACCGCGCAACCGCACAGCACCUACACCAAACCCCCGAUUCCGAGUAAAACCCCAAGAAGCCCCGGCUCCAAAAGCGACAGAGCCCCCAGCUGCAGCCCCAGGCCCAGCCCUCAUCAAACCAAAGCGCCGCCCGUUCUUCCAAACAAGCCUCCUAACAAACCUCCGCCAACGCUUCGCAAGCCUCCCCUCCCCAGUUCGCCGAACAUGUCGCACCCUCCGCUGGCUAGCGCCCGUCAUCCCAAUCGGCCUCUUCUUCCCGGAACACGUCAUGCAAGUGAUGUGGGUGCGCGGGCCGUCAAUGACACCCUACCUCAACGAGGACUACGAUCAAAUGCAAACGAAGAGCGAUAUGGUAUUGGUUAAUAUGUGGUCGUGGGGUGGAUUGCUACCCUUUCGGAAGGAGAAGAAGCUUGAACGAGGGACAAUCGUGACUUUCCGAUCCCCAGCAAACCCGUCACACAUCGCCAUAAAACGCAUAAUCGGUCUACCAGGCGACCGCGUCACGACCCGCGAACCAUGUCUGAAAGCGACGCAGAUCGUGCCGUGGAACCAUGUGUGGUUGGAAGGGGAUGCAGAGGAUCCGCGGAAGACGCUGGAUAGUAAUACGUACGGACCGGUCAGUCUCAGUCUGGUUACUGGGCGGGUAUUUGCCGUUCUGGGGCCGCGUAUGCGGUGGCUGAAGGCGUCGGAUUGGGAGGAGGGUGGUGAUGGAGAUGUGAAUAGUCGGGUUGAGAGACAUCGGCAAAGUGUUCGGGAUCGGGUUGUUAAGAAUGCUGUUAAGGUUGAGCAGCCUUUCUUGAAUUGA